AUGGAUCGCAAGGAGGCAGAACCGGAAGAAAGAAAAAGGGGAAAAUUCAUAAAGGGAAAAUCCUUCGAAGAAGAGACCCCCAGCAAUAGUGACACCGCCGAUGGAGACGACUGCAUGGGGCAGACCCCCACCGGACGUAGGAGGAAAUGGAAAGGAAGGAAAAAAAGCAUCGGGUCAUCAUCUACCUGCCAAUCAGUGAACUCAUGUGACUCAGCCAAAAGCGAUUACUCUUGCCAAUACCUCAAUGCGGACAGCUAUGAAAAAAACGUGAGCCUGUGCAGGAAAUGCCUUUUUACAUACUUCGAAUUUAAUACCGUCACGAAUGUUAUUUAUAUGAGACACGGGGCCAGGACACCAAAAAAAAAAAUACAAAAUGAAUGGCCCUUCAAAGAAGGAAAGGGAGAUCUGACAUUCCUGGGGUUCCAGCAGUCAGUGAGAAUUGGAAAAUACCUCAGGAAAUAUUACUAUACUAUAAGGAAACUUAAUUCAAUUUAUAAUAACAGGAGGAGGGGUCCUUCGCCAGGGGAGAGUUCGUCUCACGAGUCAGAUGAGGAGAUGAACAUGAUGGGCGGAUCCCCCCCUUGGGAUCAACUGAAGGGGCAUAAUAUUAAGGGGCAUAAAAUUGAGCAUGUGGGAAGAAAAAAAAAAAAUUUAAACAACCUGCUCAAGGAGAGGAGGCUAAAGGAAACAAUAAAAUUACUCGUGAGUAAAAAGUCCACGGAUGAUGAUCCCUGCAGCAUGUUACACAAGAGAGUGACGCAUAGAAGGGGGUGGCCUCUCUUCUGCCACGACAGAAAGAAGAGGGAACCCAACGCCCUGCAUGUCUGCACAAGUGUGUGUGCAAAUUGUUGUGGGAAUAAAAAGAGGAACCAAAUGCAAAUUGAAGUUGCUCUGCCUUCGAUUCACCCCCUCGAUGGAGGCACACCAAUUGGAUAUGUAAAUAAAGACGCGGUUGAUGGUGCGUGUGCUUGUGAUUGUAAUUGUGAUUGCGAUUGUGCAUGUGAUUGUGGUUGUGCUUGCAAUUGCAGAGGAAGGGGGGACACACUUUCCUCCACCUGCAAAGCGAAUUACUUCCAGAAACAAAUGGAAAAAAGGAUCAACGUAGAGAAGCAAAAGAGAAAGUACGAUAAACUCGUAAAAAUUAUAAAUAAUUAUUUGUGUAUAAAAACGACCAGCAGUGAGAGGUGCAAGUUAACAGCCUAUGCCAUCAUGUGUGGUAUCCUAGGCAUUACAGAAAAAAUGUUUUUUUUUUUUUUUUUUUUGUCAUUUGAUAAUGAAGAGCAUGAUUUGUUGAAUGCAGAUAUGAUGGGUGCAAGCCAGAUGGUCAGUGAUCACUUCCGCUCUGUGAGUGGCAAACGGGAGGACAGACUCCACCCCAUCUCCAUCCCCCAGACACACCUUCCAAACAGUAACAGCAUCCUCGAAAGGAGGAAAAGCUCGCUCCCUGCACAGGUUAACUUUUUUCCGCAGCAAAAGGAUUCUUCGCCACACACACAACGGAACGUAAGACCCGGUCGGGGGACCCAUUUAGAAGUGUGCCACCCCCUGGGGGGUCUACAAGGGGGUAGUAAUCACCAAGUUAGUUUUGCACCGACUUUUCCAAAUUCAAUUUGCAAUUUGGUUGACAAGGAUUGUGAAGGGAACGUCCACAUGGGUGAGCAGAAGCAGAAGCAGAAGAAGCAGAUGAGGGACGCUGCUCACAAUGCCAUGACUCGUUCAGAUGGUAGUGGCAGCCCCGAUCAGGUGCGGCACCGGUCACAGUGGGCAGGAAGCGAUACAAGAGGGGGAGAAACGGCCAGCGGUGGGAAGUGCCCCCCAAAUUGUUAUUCACUUUUUGUAGAACCCCCUAGACACCAAUGCGUUUCCUGCUCCAUGGCAGCAUGCACCGAUGAGGAGAACACAGAAGGGUUGGAUGGAAGUGGAAAAACGGGCGCAAAAAAGGGCGUAAAAAUGGGCCAAAAAAUGGGCGAAGCGAAGUUACCCUUUGAUGUGACCAGCUGUGGUGGGGACGACCCAAUUGUGGAAAAGAAAAAGCCCCAAGACGAAAAUGAUAAGAAGCGUUCAAACGGCCAUGACGGAUCAUGGAGCAAACGAAGCGACGUACACACUGAGGCAGGCGCGAACUGGAUGGCGGAAAACGCGCAGAGCUAUAGUGACAGCGUGAACCCAAGUUGGGGUGUCCUUAAGAGGAGAUUUGCGAAAGGGGCAUCUCGCAGUGGAGCAGCGAGAAAGGGACCGGACAGGUUCCGCCCCAGCACUACCCUAAUACAAAAUGUUAGAACUUUUUUCGAGUUUGUCCUAAGGGGAAGAUACAGUUCAACAAUUUUUUACAACCAGAUAAUGAAGGCGAAAGGGCGAAGCGAAAGUAAGUUGGAAAAGGCGUGUAUAUUUUUUAUAUUCGAAUCUUACAUGCGGUAUGUGCUGAGCGAUUUUCCUGGUUACGUGAAUCACUCGGGGGGUGUUGCCAAUCCCACUUGCGCCUACCGUGAUGCUGGGCACUCUUCAGGGCAUCAUGACGACGGGCGCUUCCCAUCCCCCGCAUGUAUGGCCAGCAGUUAUCCCAGAAGCUACCGCAGGAACCUACUCUCCUAUCUGCGCAAUAUAUACGUUUUGUGUUCCGUGGUGAAUGUAGCAGAGCGAAAUUCACUCAUGCUCAAGACCCUUAAGUCUAAUAACCAAUAUAUAAAAAGGUUGAAGAAUCUCAUUUUUUAUAACUCUAAUGUGUAUAAAUUGUUGAACGACUACUACAAGGAAGAAGUUUCUAUAGUAUAUCAAAUCACCAAGUGGAAGAACCGAACUUACCUGAAUAGGUCAGAACUUUUGCUAAGCGAGCCUUGGGCCAACAUCACACAAAGUGAUGCAGCACAAGAAGAUGAGUCGAAUAUAAAAAAUCGUAUUGUGAAAAUAUUAAAAAAACAUAACUCAGCUGUGUACAAAAUAAAGAAAAAGCUAAACAAGUCAAUCAUAUUGAAAGACCUAAGGAAGCUAAAUUAUUACACAGUGAGUGUUACUUCGAGAGAUGUCCCCACUUGUGAACAGAGGAAGAUGAUGCAAGAAAGAAUUAAAAGCAUGAGGAACCACUUAUUGUUUUGUAGCAAGAGGAAAAACAUUAAAAUUAUUAAACAGUUUAUUAGUUCAUAUCAUUCGUAUGUGUAUCACAAUGUGCGUCUGAUGUUAGACAUGCGAAAGGCGUAUAGAAGCGUGGAGAUUGAGUGUAGCUCCUCCAGUGAGAUAGUGCUCGGAGUGGCCACCCCUGAAAUGGAAAAGCAGGAACCCCCCAACGGAGAGGAUAAUUGCGGGCUCAAUGAAAGGGGAAGUGCCACCAGAAAGGCAGUUGCGUUCCAUCAAGGGGGGGAUUCACGCAGAUCGUAUCAGAGUGUGCAAAGGGGAGCAGCAGAGAAGUGGCCCCACAUGGAGAAGCUAAAUGGGCUCGACGGACGCUGUGCAGGGGAUUACUCGAAGGGGGAAGGUGCCCAUGGACAGGGGGAGAAAAGGCCAAACGGGUCUCUUGACCUGUGCGAAGCGACGCAUGACGAGCCGCCUGACGAACCCCCUGAUGACCCCCCUGACGAAGCGCGCUGGGCGAAGAGGACCGACGAGACCGCUGAGAAGAAGGAAAAAAACAAAGCGAAGAAAUUUUACAAAAAAAUUUACGAGUGCUACAAACACAUGUGCACCCUCGAGUAUAACAACAAGUACCUGUCCUGGCUGUGCAGCGGCAUGUCGUUGAUGGACGUGGUUAUUAAUUUCAUGAUAAGCGUCAGGGUGUACGAGAGCUUCAACAGGGAGAUGGCAACAGGCUGGGGGGGAGGGAAGAAGUUCAUACCAAAAAUAAUACUUUACUUAACACACCAGUCGUCCAUUUUGUCAUUCCAGUCUUGUGUAGGGGUUAAGAGGAGCUCCAUGAAGAUCCCUCCGUUUGGUGGGUUUCUCUCGCUGGAGCUGGUGCACAUAAGGAAGAAGGGGAAGCCCGACAAGGCACGCGGGCGUGGAAAGGGACACAGGUAUAGGAAGACAUCUUCCAAGGUGCCCAGCGAAGUGAGUACUCAUGUUCACACAGCGCUACAAAUGGAGAGUAACGCGAAAGGGGAAUUUGAACACCUGUGUGGUACCCACACCCUGGAUCAACUUCCCACAGUAGCGGCGCAAGGUGACCUCCCCUUUUGUAAUAGUACCCCGUUGGACGAGCCAACCUCGCGAAGACAAAAUCAAAAAGUGAUAAGCGAAGCGAAAAGUGCAGACCGACAUAACGUGCAAACAUUUAUUCGAGCAAAUGAUACGGCGAGUAUUUUCUGUUGCAAGGAGGACUGCGUGUGGAAGACCAAACGGGGGAAUGGCAUGAGUAGCCAGAACGGCGCUGAUGGGCGACCCACACAUACACGUCGCGCUCACAGCACCGCAACCCGGGCCAGAAAAAAAGACGCGCGCGAAGACAAGUACGAGAGCUACCUGCCCAAGUGCGCAAAUAAAAUUCAUAAUUUUAAAAAUUUGUUUAACCUCCUAUGCUACAAAGACAAAAACGUGGACAGCAGCAACGUAGACACUCUCAUUCAGCUGUACAAGUUAUGCCUCAGCGACGACUGUUCGUAUGUAGGGAAUGCAGACCUGCAUGGAGGACAGGAGGGCCAGCGUAGAAGGAGGAGACACUUUUAUGGCUAUUUUGUCAGGUUCACCUUUAAUCAUUAUUGUCCACUUAAACUGAAGAGAAAAAAGUGCAUAAAGAAGGGUGUAAAGAAGUGCACGCGGGGGGGCGACGUAGAGGAGAAAGAAAAAAUGAACAAUCGCCAUGCAAAUGGCCACACAAAUGGCCGCACAAAUUGGCAACAGAUACAGGAAGAUCCACCUGGAGAGGUAAUCCACAUGGAAGGAAGAUCCCCCAGAGGAAAAGUUCUGCCCUCUGUAAUAGGGAGAGCAGAUAAACGGUUUGAUGCAAAUGAGGAGAAGUCCCACUUGGAGACGCAAAAGGGGAAGAAGGAAACUUGCCAAGGGGGUGAAUUCGCAUUAAAGAACAAAUACAAGGAGCGAAAAAUGGACCAGAGUGAUGACUAUGGAAAGGGAAAACAUUUAAGGAGAAACAAAAUAAUGAAACGACUUAAUAUGAACAGCCUCAAUUUCGAUACUAAGCAUGACACGUACAUGCACUACGUGUACAAUAGCAGUGACCUCAAGUAUGGCAAAAUAUACAGCAAGCUUAACAAAGAAAGCGAUUCCAAAUUCAGCACAAAGAAAAGUGUAGAUAUAAAUAACCGAUUAGUGGAGAGGAGCAGGGUUAAGUUAAACGGAGGGGGGGGCACCUCAUUCUCCAGUGAAGAAAGUACACAUGAUGAAUGGGAGUUGCGGAGUGCAAAGUUCAAGUCGCUUGGAAAGGACGAGGACGCAGCGGAGAAGCAGGUCGAUAGUGUUAACUGUGAAGUGAAUGACCACUUGUACCACUUAAAGACGAACGACGUGGAGGGAGGCCAACAGAACUCCACACCCAUGGGGUACAGCUUCAAAUUGUCCAAAAGAGCCAUGUCCUCUAGGCUGUUAAAAAAUUUCAUGACGGAUGAAACGGAAAAGAGGAAGAGGACAAAAAUGCAAAAAAUGCUACAGAUGCAAAAGACCAAGCCGAGCUUUAAUAGGAAGAAGGACGAAAGGGAUAAAAGGAAUUACCAAAAUGAAAACAUCAUUUGUCUGGACUGCCUGAUUAGCUACUUGAGGCAAAUGCUCAGGGUGUAUGGGAACCCCGAAAUGUUGUAA